AUGAGUGAAUCUCAGGAAGCGAGUUCUCCCGUGGCUGGGAUCGGCGGCCCGGCAGCCUGCGUUACGAAAGUGGAGCUACGUGUGUCUUGCAAAUCCCUGCUGGACCGCGACACGCUGAAAAAGUCCGAUCCCUGCGUGGUCCUCUUGGUGCAGAGCCAAGGCCAGUGGACUGAGCUGGAUCGCACUGAGGUGAUCAAGAGCAACCUGAACCCAGUGUUUGCCAAGGUCCUAAUGUUAGACUACUACUUUGAGGAGGUGCAGAAGCUGCGUUUCGAGGUCUACGACAUUCAUGGGACCCACAGCAUCGGCACUCGUGAUGAUGACUUCUUGGGUGGAAUGGAGUGCACGCUCGGUCAGAUAGUGGCUCAGAAAAAGAUGGUGAAACCACUGCUACUGAAAUACGGAAAAUACGCCGGAAAGUCAAACAUUACCAUUCAUGCUGAGGAAAUUUCUGGCAACAAUGGAUACGUUGAGCUCUCGUUCUGUGCCAAGAAGUUGGAUGAUAAGGAUCUCUUCAGCAAAUCCGACCCAUUCUUGGAGAUUUAUCGUAUAAACGAUGAUGGCACAGAGCAGCUCGUACACAGAACAGAAAUGAUCAAGAACAACCUGAACCCUGUGUGGCAGCCAUUCAAAGUCUCCCUCAUUUCCCUGUGCAGCUGCGACGAGGACAGGAAGUUAAAGUGCCUGGUGUGGGAUUAUGACUCAAGAGGGAAGCAUGACUUCAUUGGCGAGUUUUACACCACAUUCAAAGAGAUGCAGCAAGCUUCUGGAGAAAACAAGGUCACAUGGGACUGCAUGAACCCAAAGUACAAAGCGAAGAAGAAAAACUACAAGAACUCUGGCCUGGUCUUCCUCACGGACAUGAAGCUCCACAGAGUUUACUCCUUCCUGGACUACAUAAUGGGAGGAUGCCAGAUACAUUUUACAGUCGCCAUUGAUUUCACGGCAUCAAACGGAGACCCCCGCAAUAGCUGCUCCCUUCACUACAUCAACCCCUACCAGCCCAAUGAGUACCUCAAAGCUCUGAUAGCUGUGGGUGAGAUCUGCCAAGAUUAUGACAGUGACAAAAGGUUCUCAGCCCUGGGCUUCGGCGCACGAAUUCCACCCAAUUACGAGGUGUCACAUGACUUUGCCAUUAAUUUCAAUCCAGAUGAUGAUGAAUGUGAAGAGAUUCAGGGCGUGGUCGAAGCUUACCAGAACUGCCUGCCCAAGAUCCAGCUCUAUGGCCCAACUAAUGUGGCUCCUAUAAUCAGCAGAAUAGGAAAGCAAGCAGCAGGGAAGGAACCCAUUAAAGAUGCAUCUAAAUACCACAUCUUGCUGAUCCUCACGGAUGGCGUGGUGACCGACAUGGCGGACACGCGGGAGGCCAUCGUGCGUGCCUCCUACCAGCCUCUGUCCAUCAUCAUCGUGGGUGUAGGGAACGCCGACUUCACUGACAUGCAGAUCCUGGACGGGGAUGACGGUGUCCUGCGCUCUCCAAAAGGAGAACCUGUCCUGAGGGACAUUGUCCAAUUCGUGCCCUUCAGAGACUUUAAAACGGCGUCUCCUGCUGCAUUGGCGAAGUGCGUCUUGGCCGAGGUGCCCAAGCAGGUCGUCGAGUACUUCAGUCAUAAGGCCAUUCCUCCCAUGAAUCCUGUUUUAGACUCCAUGCCCAGCUCCAUUGCCAACACCCCAGAUUAACACGUCUAUGCGAGUCCUGACCUCCGCUCAGUCCCUUCACACCUUCGAGUGCAAGAUCCGAGAACAACAACAACCACCACCACGACAAACAUUACAUUGCCAUUCUGUUUCCCUGUUUAUUUAUACAUAACAUGUUUACACAGAAGGAGGUUUAGUUCUUCUUGGAUCAUG